CUAUGAUUCACAAAAGUUAGGGUUGAAAAGCUUAUAGCUGAUCUAAGCUCAACCUGAUCCUCUAUACGAGACAUAAGUAAGAAAAAGUGAGGCUAAUUUAGAGCGAGCAGAGGAGAUUUGAAGUUUGGUUUUAAUAAUAUGAGCAGUAUCUGUGAGCUUUGCGACGAUUUGCUCGUGAAGAUACUGUCAUUGCUUAAGACAAAAGAGGCUAUUGCCACGAGUCUUUUGUCUAAACGAUGGAUUUCUCUGUGGAAACUGGUUCCAAGGCUUGACUAUGGUACUCCAUUAUAUGCGACAGGUUCAGAUUUUAUUGACAAUUUUUUGCUGCUAAGCAAAUCUCCAGUUCUAGAAACAAUGCAUCUCAGACUUGGGGAUAAUUGUGAACCUGAAGCACAUGAAAGAUGGGUUGAUAUCGCAGUUGCUAGACACGUGCGUGAUCUUGAGCUUAUUCACUAUCGUUUCCAUUUAAAUCCCAUGCCGUGUCCUGUGAGCUUGUUUACAUGUAAAGGCCUUGUGGUUUUACGCCUUCAACAAGUGAUGAUUUGGGAUAUUCCUUCGACAAUAUUUCUCCAAUCCCUCAAGAAUCUGUCCCUGCUAUGUGUCAGUUUCCUCUCCGGGGAUGAACUUGUUCAUAGGCUCUUAUCCGCUUGCCCUAUCCUUGAAACCCUCACUGUACGUCGAUGGCUCGCUGACUUUGUGACGACCUUCACAAUUGCGGUCCCGUCAUUGCAAAGCUUAUAUAUCAUGCAGAGACCAGAUUUCCAUGGAGAAAGAGAUGAUCGCGAGUAUGUCCUCACUACUCCUUCUCUAAAGACUUUAAAAGUUCUGGAUAAUUUUAGUCGGUUUCGUUCGUUAGUGAAAAUGCCCAAGUUGGCGAAGGCAGAGAUCAAGAUUAGACAUGAGGACUCUGAGAAGCUCAUGGAAUGUCUAAUCUCAACCAAACACCUCUCCUUGUGUCUUACCUCAGCUGGCGGAGGACAACUUUUAAUGGCAAAAUCUUUUGAGUAUCUCUGCCAGCUCGAGUAUCUAGAGCUAUGUACUAAGUGCUCAUCAAAUUGGUUAUGCCUUCUACUCAGACAUUCCCCUAAACUGCGAGUUCUGAGGUUAAACAAUAGAAUUUGCGGCCUGUUUAGAGAUGUUGCAGCUCAGUGGGAGCAACCAUGUUCUGUUCCUGAAUGUUUGGUGUCGAGUCUCGAAACUGUUGAGUGGAUUGGAUAUAAAGGAACAGAAGAAGAAAAAGAAGCAGCGAUAUACAUCUUUGACAAGGCUAGCCACCUCAAGAGGAUGACCAUAUCCGGAAAGAUCACCAAUUUGGGAGAAAAUUACUGUACGCUGACAGAUUUGGCAUCCAGGCAGAGCUGUUCUAGCAAAUGUCUGCUUGAGGUUCUGCCCGGAGAAGCAUUGAUAUAUUAAUAGAUUUUUAUUUCUUUCACUUCUUAGCUUAGCAUUUUGGUUUGUAGCCACUUUAACAAUAUCUUAACUAAGUUUUGUGGGUGUUUUUGCAAUGACAUUUCAGUGCAAGUAAGAAGAGUCUCUCCCCUUUUUCUUAUUCAAUUGUAUAUCCUUGAUUUUUAGAAAAUUACAAGACAACACCUCAGAAUUUACUAGCUUCACUAAAAUUUUGACGGUUAAAACACCUCACCAAAAUGGAUCUGAGAAGUAAAUUUUGCAAAUGCUAAUAAAUGGUAGAAUUGAUGGUCGAUAGUCUCAAAAGGUAAUUCGUUGGAAUUUGGAGGAGAGAGUCGACGAGAAGAACAGAAACCAAAAAUAAAUACCAAUAGUAAACCACUAUAUAACUAUAUGUCUCAUGACUAGGUUAUUUCAGAUCCAAA